UGUUUCUGUGGGAAUAACUUACGGGACGUCUAGGUCGUCCUGUCAAAAAAUGUUUCCCCUCAUAAUUACAGGGAAGUCAAACUGCUUUCUGUUCGUGACCACGAUGUUUGGUUGCAUUGUUUAAUUGAUGUUGUUUUUAGCACCGCGUGAGUUGUAUCCAAUCAGAGAUGGAUCCAGAAACCAUUGUGAGACGAUCCACAAGGAUUUCAUCAGCUCAUGUUUUGAGUGUUGAACCAACACCGAGAGGUCCCUUGAAGCGGACCAGAAAGAGGUUAGAAAACCAAGCAUCUGCUGCAGCCAUGAAUGGGUCCAAAGAUGAAGAAAAUUAUCCAGAGGAUGGUGAAUCCCCUAACAAGAAGAACUGCUUGGGGACUGAUCAAGAAGCAGGUGGUGGUGGUGAUGGUGGCCUUGGCAAUGACAUUGAGAUGGAUGACCAGGAGUCAGCAGAAGAAUUGGAAAAAAAAUCUUCUGCUGAAAACAAUCAUUAUCAAGAAUUUGAUAGGACACAGGAUCACUUUCAAGCAAAAAUACGCCACAAUUUGGGGGCCCAUGGAGAUAUGAAUUUUAACCCUCGGGUAGCUCUUGGUGAACGCUGCAGAGCCAGUCAGGCUAUUAAAGAAGAUGCAGACUCAAAUAUAACCAGGAGAGUAAAACCACCAUCAAAAGGACCUGUAGUCCCCACCAAGUCUGCUGAGCAGAUCAGACCACCAGAGCACAGACACAAUGAGUCGAAUCUUAGGGUUACCAGCAUGGCUGAAUACAAGAAGAAGAUGGAGGAGAAGAUGGAGGCCGAAGCAAAGAGCUCAGCUUUUAACCACCAUGUCCCGAGAGGCUAUCCAUCUCCAGAGAAACCACAUACAAGACAAAGACACAUGAAUAACUUGAUGAAACAAAGAGACGCUGUACAGCCCAAAAAGAAAGAAAUCAAGAAAGCUGCUGCAAUAAAGAAAAGCUCUGGACAUUCAUCAAGAGGUUUCAUGUGGUAUUUUUGCUGCUUGGUUCUCCUGGCGCUGUUCGGUUGUGCUGUCUUUUUGGCUUACAAGAGCAUCACUGUACAACGAGGGGAUGAAGGCAGUGGUGGUGAAGUUCCAUUCAGGGCUGUGAAGCUAGAGUUGUUUGCAGAUCAGCUGUCUCUUCUUGUGAAUCAGUUCCCCAGUCAGCGUCCUGAUGUGUGGAAGAGGAGUGGGAUCCACCUUGAGAAUCACCUCAAAACAGCUCAGCCCACAGAGCCAGUCAGCCUGCUUUUAACAGCUGGCCUGCGGGCUGAGAGGACGCUGCACUGCUUGGCUCAGGGGUUAGCCUCUGCUUUCUCUUCUGCCCUCAAUGCCUCUGUCCUUCAGUUUGAUGGAGCCAGGAAAGCCAGCAUGAACAGCGAUGAGGUCAAGCUGGAUAUUGACAGCCAGCUACGAGCAGCCUUUGAAGGAGACAAACCUGCAGCUGUAAUUCACCGCUUUGAGGAGCUGCCUCCAGGCUCCACCAUUAUUUUUUAUCGCUACUGCGACCAUGAGAACGCCGCAUACAAGGGUGUGUUCCUGUUGUUUACUGUGCUGCUGCCUCAAAAUGAGGUGGGGGCUGAGGUGAGUCUGAGGGAAGUUGAGGAGACGGUGCUGGACUUUCUUAAAGAAAGGAUGGUCGGCUCCAGUGGCCAAACUGCUUUCAAUGAGAUGGACAAUGACAAAUUUGGUGGACUGUGGAGCCGCAUCUCUCAUCACGUCUUACCUGUUGUGUCUGAGGAGGAAGUAGAGCAGAAAGGAUGCUGAUGAACCAAGUCCGCAUUAGAGAGGAAGCUCAUUCCCUUUUAGAAGCAAAUAUCACGUUAUAUUUCAGGUAUAGCCCUGACUGAAAAUGUUCAAAGAUUGAUUUAUUAACUGUCUCUUUGAGAGAUAAGAUUGUAGUGAAGCUGCAUUCCUAUGGUCCAGUUUAUCUGCUUCUAAGAUGUCCAGCACUGUUUUUUUUCUUAUAAUUUUGCUUCAGAGCUGCUUUAGUAGCAUUUGCUUCAGAUCUGCUUUAGUAGCAUUUGCUUCUUGUUCUCUGUCAUAAAUCUGUUUCAACAUCAAUUCGUUCAACAAUUUUUAAAAUUUCCUCUCUAAAAAGUAUUUGGUUAAUUUACAGCACAGCUUACAUUUGAUUGUUCUUUGGAACUAAAAAGAAAGAAAAAAAAAAGGAAGGGGAACAAAACAUAUUUUUGAGGUGAAGUUUUUUUUUCAAGUUAAACUUCACAUCAUCUGUUCUGUAUCACAUCGCUGGACCACUGCUGGUUGAAUCUCCACUUCCUGUUUAAAGUGUUCAUGGAGGUCUCCAUCUCUUUUCUUGUCUACAUGAUUGAAAUGGUUUGCACUAAAAAAAAUGUGUGAUUUUGCUUUAAAUAACAAUCUAAGAGUACAAGCUUUUAAGAAGCUUUUUAUGCUUUGUGUUUCUGAGCUGUUGCAUACUUUUCGUAUGUUUUGAAUAUUUUUGAUAGUUGUAUUUAUUGUUUAUUACAAAAGCUUAUUUGCAUCUGUUCAGACACCACUGAUAUGUACAAUUUUCACUCAGAUACAUGAAAGUUCUCAUGAAGUGAUUUGACUUUGUAAAAAUAGUUUGACUGAAUAUCAUUCAGCAAGUCACAAAAUGUGCCUUAAACAUUCACAUGAAGAAGAUUGGACUGUAUAUAAAAAACAACAAGUCACUUAUCAAUGAAUUGACACUGUGUUUUGACAAGUCGAAUGCAGACAAAUAUUCCUGCAAAUUAAAGUUCUGAAAUACA